UAUAUCGGAUGGGUAAUAUCGCAGUUAAUUGCGAAAUAUUCGGGUUGUACAUCGGUGUAUCUUGGACGUUGUGGUUUUUUAUAUAUAACACAUAUAAAGAUUUGUCUACAAAGUGGUUUGAUACUUGAAGUUGACGAUUUACGUAUAUCAAGCAGUUUUUUUAAUGCCGAAUUCUCAAAACCGUUGAUGGUAUUGGCAAAUGACGUUCGUAUUGAAGGUGAAGGAGAAUGGUAUAAAAAAUUUAAGUUUAAUCUGAAAGAUGGAUCAAAAAGAAUCAAAUUACCGCAAAAUACUGAGAAGCAUUCAAAUUGGUUACAAUAUAUUGGUACGAUUAUUCGUACUGCUCGAGUGGUUUACCUCGAUCCAAUGCCAGGAUGUUUGCUACAUUCAACGUUUGAAAUGCUGCAAAUGGAGACGUAUCGUGAUCGCGAUGGAAUGCAGUUAGAAUUCAGUUGUCGUUUAGCGCAGGCUAAGUUAUUGAGUCGUGGUCGUGCUAAUAAUGCAGUUCCUCUCUCGGAAUUAUCAUUAGCUUUCCAAGUUUCCAUCGAUAUCUUUCUGUCGAGUUUAAAACAGAAACAAUUAAAUGUGGUGCUCAGUAAUCCAUUAAUCUUCCUUUCUGACGGUUUGUUUGAAUAUCUUGAAGAGCAUCCAAUUUUAUCGAGUGAAAGGAAAACAGUUUCAACAAAGGCUGGUCUUCGUUUCAAGUUGCGUUAUUUUCUCCAGCUAUUUCCAAAUUUAAAACUUGUGGUGGAAAACUUGACGCUUCGAUUUAUCGCUUAUGCUGAACUUGAGGCAAUGACGCGUACAGUUUCUGUAUCUUUGACCAGCUCAGUGAUUUCAAAAGAGGGCAAUGAUCACCUUUCAGUUGUUUUAGCGACUGUAGUAAUAUCCGAUCAGUGGUCUCAUUCUCAAAUCAGUUGCUCUGAUUUCGUUAUUAAUUUAGCUAAAAUCUCGCAACAUGAGAAAGAUAAUAUUCAGCAAAUAUCGUUUGAUAUACGUGUUUUCAAUUUAUCAUUAAACAUUUGGGAAAAUGAUCUGGCAGCUUGGAUUCAAUAUAUACGUCAAAUUAAGAUCCCUGGGACGUCUCAAUAUAGUUUUGACGAUGAUUUCUCGUUGAUAGGAAUUUGUGAAGAGAAUAAUCGUUCAACGAAGGGUGGCACCGAAGAGGAAGACAUAUGUAUUUCUAUUUCUGCAGACGUAGAUGCAUUGACUUGUAAUCUCCUUUCAAUUGAUGGGCGUAAUAUUGAUAUUAACAUUGAUCUAAUAACGUUCAAUGGCGAUGGUAAUUUCAAAAACAUUGAAUUUGGCAUGGAAUAUUUAUUUGUACGUUGUGGUAAGCAUGCUGAUAAUAUCAAAUUGUUUUCAUUUGAUCGGCAUGUUUGGGGUACAGUGAUGAUGAUGGGCGCUGUGCUUGUGCAGAUGGCUUCAUUUAUUGGUAUAUUUAUACCUAUGAAUUCAUCCCUUUCAUCUUGCACCGAUUCUUGGUCUCAUAUAAUUUCUUCUUCAAAUCCAAUUAAUCAAUUAGCUGUGCAUCUUUCAAUCCAGAAGUUGGUCUUGUUCCUUGCUGCUCGUCGUACACAUUUUAUCGUUGCUACUGCAAACAAAAUAAAUGCUGCUUCACUGAUGGAUUCAGCAAUCUUUUCUGUUUUGAUUGAAAGUCUUCGUUUUGGUAAAGGAUCGGUUCAAGGAAGCGAGACAUUUUGCUGGAAUCAGGAUGGUGAUAUAAUAUCUAAAUACCAGUGCGGUUAUAUCAAUCGUUUAAUGAUUCGGUGCACGACAUCAGAUUCAACUAGAGAAUUUUUCUUUAGUAUUGAUUCUUCUAUAUGGAUGGUCUGGUAUCCUAUUGUUCACCUAAUUUUAUUGGAAGCAUAUAGAAGCGCAAAGGCCAUCAGUAAACAAUAUUUUCCAUUGAAAUCAAAACCGGAUAUUAAGCGACGAUUAUUCAUAAGUAUCGAUAGUAAUCAUCCUGUAACAUUAGAAUUUCAUCUUCCACAGAAUCAUAUUAUGCGAUGGGAGGCGCCGUCAUUGCAUAUUCAUAAUAAUGACGGAUUUUUUUUCUCUAUGCCUGUCCUUGUUAUCUCCUCAGACAAUAAUAAAAUACUUACUAUUACGGACGGUUAUCAUUUCAUCUUGUUUGGGUGUCUUUUUCAGAAAUUUUGUGUACAGCAGAAAUCGAUAGAAGCACAAAUGGAUUUGGGUAGAGCUGAGUUCAAGAAUUUGCACAAUCGCACAAAUCGGGUUUGGAUGUGGGCAGCAGAUUCAGUAGAUUUUCUUUUUCCAUAUAAUUAUGAUUUUGCUGCUGCUUUUGAUGAGUUGUAUGAAGAAUUUCAUAUUUAUUUUCAAUUGAAGCUCAUCAAUGCUUGGAAAUGGAUAAAAAUUGUGCAUAAUCUUAUUCCCAGAGCAUUUACAAUUGAUUCACCACUACCGUCAGAUUUAUGCUUUUCCAUUAAGAAAGCGACUUUGCAAUUAAAUGAUGAUCCUUUCGAAGUGCAGCUACAAACGAACUAUGAAUUAAUGGUUGAUGAAGCUUAUGAAUGUGAACGGCGCAGGCAAAUGUUGGAUCAAAAACUUGAACAACUCCGCAAAGCUCAUCCUUUUCUGCCUCGUAAUUUUUGUGAUCUCUUGAUUAGAAUGAAAAUGAUAGAAUCGAAAAUAGAUGAGUUGCUGAAAUCUUUGGUGAAAAAAAAUGCUGAGAUCUACAUUGAACGUUCGCGAAAAACUCAGACUAAUCGAGAUCAUUUAUGUAUUUGGACAGUAUCUAAUCUUUCUGUAAGUUUUUUUGUCAAAAAUUUCAUCAGUUUAUUUUUAUUUUUUUAUCAGUUUAUUUUUAUUCUUUUCUUAUUAUUAUUAAAUCAGAUUCGCGCAUAUGCUGAUUCAUCUCUCCAUGGCAAGGAAAAUGCUGUGAAGUAUCUACGUUUAUUCAAUCCUGAAGCGCCAUUCCCCGAGGAAGGAAUGGACUUCAGUACGUUGUGGGCUAGAGCCGUCGAAUUGGAUUGCGGUGAUUGUGUUAUACAAUUAAGAGAUUAUCCUAUUCCUUAUAUGGUGAUGAAAAACAGUCAUUUUUGGGGGCAUUUGGUUGGUGCUGAACAACUUGCUGGAAAUCGGUCAAUUCGGCAUUGUACUGUAAAUCUGCCCGAGCCUUGGGGCGAAUAUAUAGUUGACAGAAAUAUGUGUCCGCUGAAAUUCUAUUAUGAUCUCGAAUCUGAAAUAAAUGAAUUCAAUUGCACUUAUGGACCAUGUUGGGAACCAUGUUUAUCAAUGAUUAGUUUAUCUUGGAACAAUGUUCAUGCAGUAUCCAAAGAUUUAAGCGCGCCACUGCCUUUUUGGGACAAAAUUCGUUUACUUUUACAUGGCCGCUUAUCAGUUUUGUGUAAAAAUAUGGUCACUGCAAUACUUGCAUCAACCGAUCCCUAUAAUUCUACUGAAUUUGUCGAAAUUUCAUGGAAAAAUUUGGAAUUUGAUUGGACUACUGGCCAGUUUUGUGUUCAAACAGAUGUAAAUGCUUUCGUACGAACUGCCUCAAAAUAUGAUGAAAGUCGAGUACUUCAUUUACCGGGUUUAAAAUUUAGUGUUCAGAUUAUUUGGCAUUGUUUGGGCGAUCCUCAAGAUCACCAUAAUGCUCAUCCAUGUGCUCCCAAUAAAUUGCCGGAUUAUUCUUCUACUAAUCUGGAGCAUGAUUCGUAUCGAGCUUUCCGUUCAAUCAAUUUUGACUUGAUUUUUAAUUUGGAAGUUAAACCGCGGAAUAAUUUGAUGUCGGAUAAUCAAUAUCCGCAUAUUUUAUUGUAUGCAAAUACUUUCAGUUGGUUGGAAUUCCUUAAGAAUACAAUGACUACAUUGAAUAGGCCUGUUAAACGAGGAUCGUUGUUUGGCACUAAACCAAUAAAAAAAAUUCAAUUAAGUCAACAUUGCAAGCAUAUACAACUUAGUUUGUCGUUGCCACGAUUUUUAAUUUCUUAUUGGAUGUCAUUUUCAUCUUCCCAUGGAUUUCGAAUGAUAAGUGAGAGCCUUCACUUGACAUCAUCAAUGGAACUUCAUAUUUUAUCAUUAGAAGACCCAAAGAAUGAGGUAAUGCGGCGACAAAUUUCUAAAUGGUCCGUUUCCCAUGUUUCUGCUCAGUUAAUUAAUGCACAAAUACAUUUGUUCGGUGAUAGUUCUCAACCAAUGAAUGAGAAAUUUGCAACGAAGAGCAACGAUGAUUCCUUCUUCAUAGGGCUAAGUCGACUUUCCUAUAUCCGUGAAGCUUCCCAUCAAAAUCGAAACAUGGGAAAAAAUACUACACAUAAUAAUUUUGAAGUCGGAAUAGCCGUUCAUCGGAUAACAAUAUAUGAUUUACGUGCAUCUUGGACACCGGAAAAUCGUGAUACAUGCCUAGCAAUCGCGGAUGGAAUACAUAAAGCUCAUAUUCUUCGAAGGAUAUUAAGCAAUGACAUCAUGAAAAAUUUGCAUGUGAAAAUAGAUGAGACCGGUCCUUCACAUCCUUUUGCUAAUCGUGGUGUUCCAGUAAGCAGAAAUAAACAAAAAACUGGUCGAUACACAUCAGAUUCCGACAAGAGCCCACUACGUUCACAAUCGCAUUUCGAUUCAGAUGGUCGCAUUUGCGAUGAAAAUGAUAUGUUACAGAAAUUGAUUGAGGAAGCCGAAACAAAAUUGGUUGCAUAUAGUGAAGAGGCAACUGAUCUUCCUUCCGAUCAAUUGCAUGGUAUUGCUUUAUGCAGCACAGAUGAUGUUUUCUUGCUCGAUUGGCAAAUUGAUUUAAUUAACAGUCAAGCCAUGUUACGAGGCAAAGGAAAAAAUGGCUUUGUUUUAUUGACAGCAGCUAGAGCUUCACUAAUGCAACGUUUACAUCUGCCUGUCUGGAAAAAAUCUCAGUUACUGAGCAAAAAGUCCUGGUGUGCUGUACUUUCUGGGAUGCAAUAUUUUGCACCUUUACUUCUGGUGCAACCAACUAAUCAAACAUCUUCAACCACUGUAUUACUUAAUGAACAGUUUCACUGGUUAUCAAAAGAGGUUAUCGAGGAGAAAACUUGCAGCGAUCCAAAUAUUAACGAUCGGCUUGAUAAUUAUAUUAGCGCAGGCGAAGCAGUUGGUGGAGUAGUUUCAGACCAGAGAAACGUCACCGACAAUGAAGGGAAAGCGCAGCUUCAGAGAGUUGUAUCAAGGUGUAGUUGCCAAAUUUAUUUUUGUUAUUUUUCGGAUGCUUUAGAAAUGGAUGCCUAUAAAGUUCCAUUGCCGAGUGGGACUAAUGCAGAUGAUGAGAAUGAAAUAUGGACUGGGCGAGAGGGUGUAGAUUGCUUUACUUUGAAGCACAAUAUGCUGGAAGUAAGCACUAAUCCUCAACAGUAUGAAAUGGCCAUGAAUAUAGUGAACCAACUUGUUCUGUUUGUCGACCCUCGAAAGAAAGAAUCUGAGGGGCGUCGACAGCGACUAAAAUUUCAAUGGCAAUUAAAAAGUUUGGACGAGGUUCGAUCAGCGAUAACUGCGAUGCAGGCAGAACUGCGUGACAUAAUCGCUGUGAUUCGUUCAUUAGAACGACGUUCUUUCUUUCUAAAUAGGCAGCUUUUGGAAACUCCAAAUGAUUUCACAUUGCUUGAGGCAAAUAAAGAAAUAACAAUGGAAAUCGAGGAGCUUAAAAAGAAUCAAAUAACCGUAAGCGAUGAAUUGGCUAUGACAAUAAGGUUAAUUAUUGAAACCCUUUGGCUAAUUGUCAUAGAAAGGUAUCGGCUUUUAUUCCAAAACUGUUAUAAAGAAAAACAAGUAGAGCGGAUGCGACAGCUUGUCGAUCUAGCUGAAGACGAACAUGCACUUGUUGCUAGAAGGUUAACAGUUCAUGAUGAGUUUUUCGCUGAUAUAUUUGAAGUGUGUUUCGAAGAUUGUAUAUGGCGGCUUACAGAAAGUGAUGGACAGAUCGCAUUAGCAGAGAUGCAAAUUCGAAAUUUCCUAUAUACUAGGACAGCGCGAAUUGAUAAUUCUGGGGAACAUCUUCUGGAAAUUGGUACUGUCAAAGUCACCAACUUGUUGCCUGAUAGUUUAUACAGGCAUACACUUCAAGCGCAGAAUACCUCUCACGCUAAAGAACGGCAAUCAUCAAUACGUGUGUUUUGUCGUGAUAUGGCACCUGGUCAGUCUUUUGUCAUUCUGUUUUUGUCUUUUUUUAUUUUGAAUGAACGAAAUUGCAAUUUUUGGCAUAGAUCAUUGAACUGUGCUUUUCAAGUUGGCGGAAUCUCUGUUAAACAACACUUUGAAAUAAAUGUUGCUCCAAUGGUUGCGCAGAUAACCUACCGUUUCUUCGAAAAAAUGAUGGCUUACUUUUUCCCUGGUAGAAACAUCGAUAAAGAGGAUCAACAAAAUUUGGAUACAUCGGAGGAACAGCAAAGUAGUCAGAGUGUUUCUGUGACCCAGUGGUUGCGAGGUGCAGUGAACGGCUCAUUUCGACGUGUCACAGAAUCUAGUCAAUUACGCGAUGAUAUAGAUCGAAUGAAAGAACGUGCUCAAAAAAACAAUGUUUUCUUAUAUAUAAAAAUACCCGAAGUACCUUUUAUAGUGUCGUACAAGGGACAUAAAGACAAAAAUAUCGAAGAUGUGGAUAGAUUUCAGUUGAUUUUUCCACUUUGUGAAUACCACGACAAAAAUUGGACUUGGCUUGAUUUGGCUUUAGCAAUUAAGCAGCGUUGUAGACGAGUUCUGCUGCAACAGUUUAUGAAACAAAAAUUGUUGAGAAAUCGACUAAUAGGAGCGGAACACGGGUCAGAUGAGAUCGACGAAGAGGAAAAAAAGCGAAUUGUGCUCGGUGCGGUACGUUCAUUUAUUUCUCAAAAAUUUUCAAAACAUUAUCCGAUUUAUGGAAAUGCAAGUAUACCAGAUAAGGAAAGUAAAAGAUCAAAGAAGAGCAAUUGA